UUACUUAUGAAUUUUCUCGGUGCGGAUAGAACAGGUUCGGAUAAACUGAACCGUGUCAGUGUGUCAUCAUCGACUGCUCCAAAUGGCCGAGGUAAUUUUGAAUCUAAUCGUGGAAUCCAUGAUGCCUGAUGGGUAGGAAUCAUUGCAGCCAAAAGACAUCAUACCAGUUCCUGGUUUCCUUGAUUGUCUUAGAAGAACAAACAGCCUUGCAUAUCUUUUGGUGGUGAGUUAGGUCUUUCUUGAAUGUACCCAUGAAAUCAGGCUAUCAACAUGGUGGAGUUGAUAUUACUCACACUAAGGCCUUUCUAACAUCACUGUCAGCUAUGGUGGCUGAGACCACAACUUUCCCCAUAGAUUUGAUCAAGACCAGGCUCCAACUCCAUGGCGAGUCACUUUCCUCGAGUCACCCCACUAGUGCAUUUCGAGUAGGCUUGGGCAUUAUUCGUGAACAAGGUGCCCUUGGCCUUUACAGUGGCCUGUCACCAGCAAUUAUUAGACACAUGUUCUACUCGCCUAUUCGAAUUGUUGGGUAUGAGAACCUGAGAAAUGUUGUUUCUGUUGAUAAUGCUUCGUUCUCUAUCGUUGGCAAGGCUGUAGUUGGUGGAAUCUCUGGUGUCUUGGCUCAGGUUAUAGCCAGCCCAGCUGAUCUUGUCAAGGUGAGGAUGCAAGCUGAUGGCCAAAGGGUGAGCCAAGGUCUUCAACCCCGGUAUUCGGGGCCAUUUGAUGCUCUAAACAAAAUUGUUCGUGCUGAAGGAUUUCAAGGAUUGUGGAAGGGUGUUUUUCCUAAUAUCCAAAGAGCCUUCUUAGUGAACAUGGGAGAAUUAGCCUGUUAUGAUCAUGCUAAACAAUUUGUUAUUAGAAGUAGGAUAGCUGAUGACAAUGUUUUUGCCCACACUUUUGCUUCCAUCAUGUCAGGUUUAGCGGCAACGUCUUUGAGCUGCCCGGCUGAUGUUGUGAAGACUAGAAUGAUGAAUCAGGCAGCUAAAAAGGAAGGGAAAGUCUUAUAUAAUAGCUCUUAUGAUUGCUUGGUGAAGACAAUUAAAGUUGAAGGAAUAAGAGCAUUGUGGAAAGGAUUCUUCCCAACAUGGGCAAGGCUUGGCCCAUGGCAAUUUGUGUUCUGGGUUUCCUAUGAGAAGUUCAGGAAAUUUGCAGGGCUCUCUUCUUUCUAAUAUAACAUUUUAUUUAUUUAUUUAUUUAUACUAGCACUCAUUCAUCCAUAAUAAAUUCACAAGUCACAGCCUACAGGGUACUAACACCCAGAUUUAUAUUUUUCUCAACUUUUAGCUCAGUGUAUACUUUUUUGAGAUAAACUACAUUACUCUUUCCUAAGAAGAUUAUAUUAUACUACCUGUGUUUUACUGCAGAUUA